AUGGCCUACCACCAGGCUCGCCCGCCGCCCCGUCGUGGGCCUCCGCCAGGACCGGGAGGACCGCAGUAUUAUGGCGGCAACAGGCCUCCGCCGCCGCAGCAACAGCAGCAACAGUACUACAACUACCACCAGCAGCCAGACAGAUGGCCUCCCUACGGCGGUCCGCCUGGUCCUGGCCCCGAGCGCCGGCAGAUGAGCUACGACGACGGCUACUCGGGCGGCCAGCAGGAUCCCUAUGCGCGUGGUAGUGGUGGUGGUGGUGGCCGGCCCAUGUACGAUGACGGCCACCAUCAUAUGGCUCAUAGCGGCAGCAGACCUCCUCCUCCUCCUCCUCCUGCUGCUGCUGCUGCUGCUGCUGGUCCCUCGCAGGGCUAUAGAGGACCGCCGCCUCCCAACGGACACCACCAGCCACCUCCUGGACCAGCAAGGCCGCAGAACAAGCCUCCUCCCCGUCACGAGCUGAAGAGCUGCUUUGACAACCCGUUCCCUGCAUUCCCUCCAAAGAAGCGCGGCAACUCCAUGGACGGGCUGCAGAAGAAGAUGAGCGCUGUCGAGCUCAAUAAUAACAAGUCCCAGAAUCACGCAGAACCCCAGAUUGCAAGGCCGCAUACCUCAAACUCCAACCGUCCGCCGCCCUCGACGUACCACUCUGAACCGCUGCCAACGAUGAACCCCCGUCAGCCGCCAAGUGGGCAUGGAAGUCAGCCUGUCCAGCGCAAAGCUGGAGCUCCUGUUCCUCUGACUGUUGAAACGAAUCAGCCUGCUCCUCCCCGGCAGGAUCCGCGAAGUGCUCCGCCUACUCGAAGCGCUACCAUGCCUGUCACCAUGUCUAACCCAAUGUCAGCGGCACCAACAUCAGCACCGACACCUCCACCACCGCCGCCAGCAGCAGCAGCAGCAGCAGCAUCUGGGACGCAGCAGAAACCCAUUUACCCUGGCAAGCGCACCUGGCAGGACCCUGGCAUUAGCCUUAGCCCCCCGCCUCUGAGCCCUGCCCUACAGCACCCUCAUCGCCUCCCCGACACACACCCGGUUUCAUCCAGACCAGGUACGGCUGCUGGUGUCAAACCGGAGGUAGUCCACCCGAAGCACGCCGCUGCCGACCUCGAACCUCACGUUGCUGAUAAAGUUGAAGGUGGUGUGGAAGACGAGCUCAACUACUUAAAUGAGGAUCUGCUUAAUGACUAUUAUGACAACGCAGGGCCCGACACUGAACCCGACAUGCCCAACUUUGGCGCAAUGUCUGACGACAACGUUUCCUCGCCGCAUGCAGAGACGUUGAUACCGUUCGAGAAGCCUAAUCCUCCCAUGCCGUCAUCAUCAUCAUCAUCAUCGGCGGGACCAAAACCUGCAUAUGCUCCCUACAAGCCGUCGGGAAGUAUGCAUUCUUCUCCUGAAAGGCACGGUCCUCCAAACGGCAUUCCGGGUCAUUUGAUGCAUGAACGAUCUCAAUCCCCAGCAUACGGCCACCAGGGCUACGGCGGUCAUCCAGGCAAUGGAUACUAUGGAAGACCAGAUGCUCGAGCCAUGACUCCGGUCCAACGCGGCGGCUACGGUGGUGGUGGUAGAGGAGGAUAUCCUCCGCAACCUCCGCACCAGAAAUACCGUCAAUAUGGACCUCCUCCGCAUGAGAAUGGUGGUGGAAGAGGCCCAUACGACGGUAGACAGGCGUAUCCGCCUCAGGAUAUGGGCUAUGGCGAUGACCAGUACGGCGGCUACGGGGGACCGGGACCGGAUAAUCACCCGCACCACGCUCCUCCCGCUCCCUUCCGACCAGGCCUUGACCAGGGACCCAAACCUGCCCCCGUAAGGCAGUAUACUAGCACUCCGCAGCCAGCACCUACAUCACAGCCCGGACAAGGCGCUGCUGCAUCCUACGGCGGAGAUACGCGCCGCCAGUCACAGCCAAUAACCCUUGGGGAGCUCCACGCAAUCCAGCAAGCUGCACGAAGCAGCCCAGGAGACCAUGCCAAGCAGCUUGUCCUGGUCAAGAAGCUCGUCGAAGCUUCAGUUCAUCUGCUCGACGACAAUGGCCGCGCAGACCCAAAGACCAAGGCCAAAAACCGCGAACGAUACGUCAUGGACGCCUACAAGACUGCCAAAAAGCUUGUUAGCGCGGGAUACCCACCCGCAAUGUUCUACAUGGCCGACUGCUACGGCUCCGGCCAACUGGGGCUAGAAAUCAACCCCAAGGAAGCCUUCAACCUGUACCAAUCCGCCGCUAAGAUGGGCCAUGCCGAAUCCGCCUACCGCGUCGCCGUGUGCUGCGAAAUGGGCCAGGAAGGAGGUGGAGGAACUCGCCGUGACCCCAUGAAGGCAGUCCAAUGGUACCGACGUGCCGCAGCCCUAGGCGACCCUCCCGCAAUGUACAAGAUGGGCAUGAUCUUGCUCAAGGGCCUGUUGGGCCAGCCCAAGAACCCCCGCGAAGCGCUCUCGUGGCUCAAACGUGCUGCCGAGCGAGCAGACGAAGAUAACCCGCACGCCCUGCACGAGCUGGCCCUGCUGUACGAAAACCCUCAGGGCAUCGACUCCAUCAUCCGCGACGAGAACUAUGCUCGCGAACUGCUCCAUCAGGCAGGUGAAUUGGGCUAUAAAUUCUCCCAGCACCGCCUGGGCGCAGCAUACGAGUACGGGCUCGUCGGAUGUCCCGUUGAUCCGAGACAGAGUAUAUACUGGUACACGCAGGCGGCGGCGCAAGGCGAGCACCAGAGCGAACUCUCCCUUAGCGGCUGGUAUUUGACUGGUGCCGAGGGGAUAUUGCAGCAGAGCGACACGGAGGCGUACCUGUGGGCUCGUAAAGCUGCCAUGGCCGGCCUGGCAAAGGCGGAGUACGCGAUGGGCUACUUCACUGAGGUCGGCAUUGGUGUUCCCGCGAACCUGGACGAUGCGAAGAGAUGGUACUGGAAAGCAUCAUCGCAAAAUUUCAUGAAAGCCAGAGAACGACUGGAAGAUCUUCGACGAGGCGGCGCAAGAAUGCAAAAGACCCGCGUAUCUAGAUCGGCCGUCAACAAAAACGAAGGCGACUGCAUUGUAAUGUAA